GGGAAGAACUUCUUCACAUUAACUCCUGCAACGAGAGCGGACGAGGGCUUCACUUCCGAAUGGAUGAGAGAGUCUUCAAUGAGAUCGACAACAUGUCGAAAAAUAACAAGACCAUCUACCCGGACAACGUGGCAGACACGAGCGCCCGCGGAGGAGUGCCGCCAGCAAUGGAUGGUCACCGCCAGGCGGCCGUUGGUGGAGAGUCCUUUGCUGGUGGAGAAGGGGGUGAUGGCGUCGACGAAGAUGUGGGUUCAGCGCGGGAGUCGGGGUUCAGUGCAGGGAGCACGGGCACUCCAGCGAAGAGGAAGAACAUGCGGCAGCAGACCUUCGAUGCCAUCGCCAAAGUCAUGGACAAACACGGUGCAUUGAUGGCGGACACGGUAGAGGGUGCGAACAAACGGCAGUGUAGCAUCCUGGAGCGGCAGUGUGACAUCCUGGACCGGGAGGUUGAAGCCCAGAAGCGGCAUUGGCCGUCCAUUCCCCGAAUCGCACUGUCCCUUGGUAUUUGGGGUGGUCUGCCCGCAUGCGGAAUGGGUGAUCGUCGCUGCCGUCGCGUGGAGGGGUGUGCUGGAGGCCGUCUGGGCGGGAUCCGCGCGCUGAGGGAGGGGAAAUGUCACCGCGAGCACUAUAAAGGUCCGCUCGAGCGCUAUCUUGUCCAUGUCUUUUGGUUCUCGACUGCACGCAAGGCCACGCGUGGGGUUUCCGUUGUGCUGCGCGGGGAGGUGAACAUCGCCCGCGCAAGACGAUCCCUAGCGACUUCCUCUCAAGCGCUGUGGCAGUCCGCUUUCAUUCACGGGGCGUGCGCAUCCGACCGUCAGCGAAUGGCGCCACGUGGCCAGCAGAAGCCGAAACGUCCACACGGUGGUUCCGGCGAAGCGGGUGCAGGGCAAACCGGAAGGGGCCACAUCCCAAAGUCGAAGAAGCUCCGCGCGGGAGAUGGGUCGGAAGGCGAGAUGGGGGUUGACGGGGGAGAGGAGGUGACCCCUAUGGACAUCACUUCUGCAGGGACGCCUGCGCUCGGGUUCGGGCGAGACGGUGUGAGCAGGCAGCAUAUGCUUGCGCUCACCAACCUUGGCGUCCUCACGUCCACGCGCCGUGGCGGUGGCGGGACGGCUCGUGCGCAAGGAGUUCUGUCCGGUGACAUUCCACCGCAGAGGGCCGUGGGUUCUGCAUCUACCAUCGCAUCCGUGUCCGAGCGCGACGAUAAAGCUCCGGUCGGUGAGUCUCCAUCGCCACAUGGAGGCGUCGAACCCGACGAUUGUCGGCGCUUCGCCGAGGGCUGUGCUUCAAUCCGCGCAAGCAGCGAGCGCCGCUGGCCAUGCCGCCGCCCUCGGUACUGGAGAAAGGCGAGAAGAUCGGAGGGUGGAAGAGGCGGGGAGAAAACAGGAGAGGUGGGAGGAGAGUCCGCGUGGGGAAGAAGAGGACGACCAGCCUCUGAGCGCGAGGAAGAAAAGGUCCCACCAAGAGGAGGAGUUGGAGGCGAAAUCGAAGCUGUGGGUAGACGACAAAGCGUUCUGGGCAACCGGCCCCGGACGGAUGAUCGCAGACGUGAUUACCCCACCGACCUGGCGAGAGCAGUUUGGCAGAGCUUGGAGUGGUCGAGGAUAGUGCCGCCCACCGUAGUUUACCACACGGUCGCUUUGAAGAUGGACAUCCCAGUGUGGUUCGCCGGGGCGUAUAUCGAGAACAGGCCGGAGGACGAUGAUAUGGCCGGGCACCAGGAGGCGACUGUGAUGCAUCUUGCGUCAUGCUUCCACGACACGCUCCGGGCCGGGCAGUGGUGGGACGGCGGUAGAUUGUCACACCAGAGACUGAGCAGAAUCGGGGAUGCUUUCCGCCUGCUUCUCGCCGCGUGCAUGUGGAUCAUGCGCAUGGGAGGCGACGAUGCCGUCGAUGCGCGCUCCUACGAGGAGGCGUCUUACAACGCGCAGCUGGUGGCGAAGCCUACUCUCGUCGCGGCGUGUUCAUCGUCCUUCAACUGGCGCCGCCAUGUGAUGCACUUGGCUAACGCGGUCUUGAGUCGCCUGCGGAAGCCACCGUUGACGCUGGGCGCUUUCCCUGACUACAUCUCGGAGUGGGCUUCGUGCGGAGUGAGGUACAACUGCAACGCUGGUCUGGCGGACCCCGACGUCGCGGCGAGAGUGGACUGAAUGGGGACGGGACCUUUUGAAGGCGAUCGGAAGGAGGACGGUACAAAAGACGAAACGGGAGCGU